CAGGGCCAAAAAAAAAAAAAAAAAUUACCACACCCCGGAUGCCCCAGGGGAAACAAUACCUAACUAACGACCACCACUGAUUCCCGCGCGUCUCGAUCUGAGACCCGACACCAACGAUUGCCGGAGGGUAUUCUGACAGCGGGUCUUCCGUCCUUCUCAAGCGGACGUUUGCUCGACCACCUGGGCUGGGCUACGGGGCUGUGGGAUUGUGGGACUGCGGAUUCUUUCGAUGCUGCAGGGGACCGCUGCACUAUCGAGUAGUUCCAGCGGCUGCCCUGCAAAUAGUCGAAGAGCCUACGAAGCACGGUACUUAAACCAUCCCUCUCGUGGGAAUCACAGGGUCAGGACACUCCCGUCUGGAACGACACACAGAGCAAACACGGCUCGUCCGUCCUUGCCGAGACCAAACGAAACGCCCCUCCCCCACGCCCGCGGCCGCUCCCCUGUUCUGAAUACUUCGCUCGCCUACCCACAACGUACAUACAUAGCUAGGCAGCCCUUCGUCCACUUCCCCCUCUUCUUCCUGGCAGCCUACAUACAGGCCAAGGCCAAGACGCGCGCUUGCGCCUCCCGCUCCCCUCCCCCCUCCCUCCGCAAAAGCGCGUCAACCACGACUUGCACCUGGAUCAUCGCAACUUCUCAACCCUUAAGAGGACAAGCCGAAACGAAGUGGAACAAGAAACGAUAUUUACAUUGUUCGCCGCGACUUCUCUUCAAACUCGAUCUUGUCACCUCGUGCAGAUAUUUUCUGGUCUCGGUUUUAGGUUGUAGCAAGCUCUACACUAGAUGGCCUUGAGCUACGCUCUCCAUCUCCUUCGUCCACUCCACCACAUAGCCGAUUUCCUCGCGGUCCUUCCUCCGUCAGGAACUCGAAACACUUUGCUUCUUUCGCUUUUUCUGUUGCUCCACA